GUUUUCACUUAGACAUUGUUUCUUGUGUUUUAUUUGUUGUGCUCACAGUAUUACCAUUUAUAUGUUCACUAAAAUGAUGGAAUUUGUCAGAAAGUAAACAAAGCACUAUUUAGAAAACAAUUAAUUUUAGACACAUGGAAGGAUUUGAUGCAAUAUAUUAUGAGGAAGAGUUAGAGAACAAUGAUGAAAAUGCCCCAUCAUUGGUUCCUGAUCCUGUUGUUAUACGAGGUGCAGGCAAUAUGACUGUUUUUGGCUUAAGCAAUAGGUUUAGUACUGAGUUUCCUAGUGGCUUAGUGUCAAGAGUGGCACCUGAAGAAUACAAGGAAACAGUUAUGAGGAUUAAUGGUAUUCUCAAAAAGACACUUCCUGUAAAUGUAAAAUGGUUAUUUUGUGGCUGUCUUUGCUGUUGUUGCACACUUGGUUGUUCCCUGUGGCCUGUUAUUUGUUUGAGUAAAAGGACUCAGCAUUCUCUGAACAAAUUACUAGAAUGGGAGAAUAGCUAUUUGUAUAAUAAGCUAGGACUGCAUUGGAGAUUAAGUAAACAACAUUGUGAUUCAUCGUCAAUGAUGGAAUAUGUAAUACUUAUAGAGUUUUUACCGAAAAUUCCUAUUUAUAGACCAGACUAACACUGAUUUCAUUAUUAUAUCUGAUCUAUCAAGGGCUCAAAUCGCUAGGACUCUUCUUUUUUAACUAAUGUUUUGUGCUAUUACGGCAUCAGCGGUAAUGAAGCAUCGAUCCAUUGUGAAC